AUGUCAACUAGCACAACGAAGCCAAUUAAUAUGUGAGUGAAAUCACCCCAAAAAAUCCAAUGAAAAACUAGUUUUUUAUCAAAAUAUUCAUUUUCAGAUCUCACGAGGAGGAAGCAAGCGACAACGAUUCAUCAAGUUCGCAAUUCUCAUUGGGAGACUCUUUAAUAAUUGAGCCCAAACAACAACAGAAGAGUUUCGUCAAGCCAAAGGUAUUUUUUCGCGAGAAAAUGUUCGAUGUCUGUAAUUUUUUUUAAUUUCUGUUCGAAAACGUGUUGUUCUCAUUAAUUGCACGUUGUGUCCUCCCUCCUCGAUGUGUUCUUCUUCUCACUCUAUUUUGCAAUUUUUGCCCACUCGCAAAACGACGUCUAAAAAGUACUAACUAUCUAUGAAAUGAAUAAUAAUCAGCAUUAUAUACAAAACCCACAAGACGGAUAUCGUUGGAAUUUUGGUGAAGUUCCGCCAUUCCCACCGCCUUUUUUGGCGCCAACACCGAAUUUGUUUGCUUAUGGCAUGGAUUUCUAUCCACCACCGCCGCCGCCACAGGUUUUUCAGGUAGAUUUUUGUGUUUGUGUUUUCUAUUAGACGGGAAUCUACUAGAAAAUAUCUAAUUUAUGUGUUUCACAGCAUAAUAAUGGCUAUUCAAAUGACUUAACAACUUGCUUACCAAAACUAACACCACCUUUGGAACCUUCGGUAUGUCUUUUUGUUUUGUGCUAUCUAUUCCUCUACUAACUCUUGUCUCGUGUUUCUAGUCUCGUUUACAUCAAUGGAUGUCGCCAAAUCCUCCGAAUUUCUUGGAGAAUCGAUCAAGAUGUCGAACGAUAAGCAUGUCAUCCUCAACAACUUCAACCGGAAAAGAUUUGUUGAAAAAGGUUUUGUGUGUGGGGGAGAAGGGGAUUUUUGAGGAGAGAUUUUGAAUUUCAAAAAGUGAAAUUUUUGCAGACCAAAAUUUGUGAACAUUGGCGACGAUCGGGACAAUGCUCAUAUGGGGAAUCGUGUUGGUAUGCGCAUGGAGAAUUUGAUUUGCGCAAAAAUGUGGUGCGUUUUUUAGUGGUGGAGAAAAAGUUCUAGAAUAUUCAGCUCUGGUUUUUCCUGGACGGAUUAAAAAUCAAAUAAAAUGUCUGAAAAGCUAUAAUUGUCAGCUAGAAAAUGUUCUGCGUUUGGCGAGUUUCUAGUGAUCCAGGAACUUGAAAAUUAGUUUUCAAAUGUUUUUUUCGGCGUGAACUUUUAAGACAAAGAAAAACAGAAAUUUGAAAAUCGAUUCAAAAAAUUAGAGCCAAUGUUGAAAAUUAGUGAGAAAAAUUAGAAAACUUCACAUUUUUGCAGUACGGUGUUGCCUCAAAAAUCGACCUCCGAAAAAAAGACGACACAUCGGAGAAGAAGAAACGCAUCUCAACCAACGUCAAAGGUCUAACCGUCAAUAUUCCCAAUACAAAUUUGGAUAGUUCGGGAAGCGGAUCAAUGCCAUUGUCUCCCGCUCAAGAACGAUGGAUCUCAAUGUCUUUGGGGACAAAUAGCAGCGAAAAAACGACGGCGACUACAAGUAGUACAUCUUCAAUCUCAACACAACAAGAUACGCUAACUUCAACAUCUACUGUUAUUUUGGAAAGUUCUACUGCUGGAGAGGAGCCUAAGAGUCCAGGAUUUCACUCGCAAAAUCAAAAUCAACAUGGGGCCUAUAAUUCAAUGUUUUCUCGAGCUGGAAAUUCUUUUGGAAGAGGUCCAAAUCAUCGACAAAGUAUUAUAAAUCAUUUCAAUGGGAUGCCUCAAAAUCAAGUCAAAUUUGCUCCAAGAAUUCCAACUGCUCACAAUUUCAGAUAUCCCCCUCCUCCACCUCCGACUGCAACUCAAAUACCAAGCCUAAAUGGUUCGGUGUCAAAUCAGCCCGGAAAUCCCUCUGCUCAACCACUUUAUGGCUCAAUUGUCGACGAGAUUUAUCGCCGCCAACAACAAAAACAUUCGAUGGAAAAUCAGUAUGAGCAACGAAAAAAUGAGGCGAUUUUCAGGCAAAUGUACUCGAAUAUGAUUCAACAACAGGAAUUGGGAUUGGGAUUACAGCAACAACAACAACAACAGGCGGCUCAACAGCAGCAGAGAAGGGAAUUUUUAAUGGUGAGAAUGGGGUUGGGGUUGGAAAUUGCGAGGUUUUUAGCCGGAAAAGGCGCGAAAAUAUUAUUUUCCAUUGAAAAAUUGAAAUUUAGCUAUUUUUCUAUUGAAAAAAAUGAUUAUUAUUGGAAAAUCCAAACUGAAAAUUUUAGAUUUUUUAUGGGAUUUUUUUAUUUGAUGCUGCGAUAAAAAACAUUUGAAAACAAAUAAUGAAAAUCUACGUUUCAAAAUUUUUCAAGAAAUAUUCUGCGGACUUACAACUCAAAUUGUGAUUCUCAAAAACCAGUUGUAAAAAAUCACUGUUUCAAAAUUUGCACAUAUUUUUAUUCUUUCCAAAAAUCAUUGAUUUUCCUUCCAUUAUGAGAAUUUCUGGAUUUCAAAGUCAAAAAUGGGUCUAAAGUGAUCACUGUUUUAGAAUUACGACAAAAAUCACACUAUUUUUAAAAUUUUGUAGCAAAACGACCGUCUUGGCCGCAGUUCAGCUGUUUAUCCACCAAAUUAUCAUCCCGAACAAUUUCACCAUCAACAACAACAAUUCCAAAUUCCUACACAUCAAACAUAUGGUCGAAUUCCUCAUCCGGAUUGCUCAUGUGCUCAUUCGCGCCCCAAACAACAACAACAACCCCAUCUCCCGAAUUUUUCGACUUUUGCCAAUUUAUUCCCACAACCACCACCGCCGCCAACAACUUCGCCUAACUCGAUUUCAAGUCGACCAGAAACACCGAUUUCUUCAAUAAUUCCACCGCCACCGAAAAUGUAUCAAUCACUUUUGCCAAAUGAGCAAUGUUUUGAGAUUUGGUUGGAUCGCAAGGGAGAAAGAGAAAAUGAAGAGAGUUUGUUGAGCAAAAUGGAACUGUUGAGAGGUGGAGAUUUGGGUUUUGACCGUGGAAAUUCGGAUUAUCAGCGUGGAAAUCUGGAAGAGCUAGAAGACCUAGAUCAAGAAGAUCAUGAAGAAAUCAAUCUGGAAUCUGAACCUGUUCUCUCGUCUUUGUAUGAUUUGUUGAGCAGCGAGAAUUUGUUGGAAAAAGAGCCGGAGAGAGGAGAUUUUAUGCACCAACAAUCACCAAACAAUCAGUUGCCCAAUAUUUUUGAUUUUGAUUUGUUGAAUGUGAGUUUGGGAAGGUUUUUCACGAAAAAUUAAUAUUUCAAAAACUGCUUAAUUUUUAUCUUCAAAGCCACUUCUUUUCAAAUUUACCAAUUUUUCUCUUUAAAAAAUCCAACAUUUAAUGAAAGCCAAAAAUCUAUAGAAUGUUGACAUUUUUAUUGAAAUCCACAUGGAAAAACCAAUUUUUGAAAUGAACCUUUUUUUCGUUUAGAUAACUGUAAAUAGUGAGAUAACAACAUCAAGUGAACAAUCACCAUCAUUGUAUUUAUUAUCAAAUGAUAAUACACCAAGAAUUGAACAACAACACAAUUUGGGAGAAAAAAAUGUGAGUUUAGAGAAUUGUUUGGGUUGAAAUUUGGUGAUUAGACCACAUACAAGAAUUUGGCCUCUUUGAUAACUUUUUUUGAAUUGGCGCCAAAAAUCCACGUGGAAUAUUAGCUCUCGAAGUUUUUUUUCCAAAAAAAUCCUAAUUUUUGGAUUCUUUUACCACGUGGUUUUUAGCCCUAAACUAUUCCAAAAAAAAUUACAAAAAUUUAGAGAAUUUUGAUAAUCGCCUGAUUCAUUUUUGAUGAAUCCAAACGGUUUUCCGACCAAACUUUCGAAAGAAUUUAGAGAAAAAUCCACGUGGCAAAAGUUUUACAUAUAAUAAUUCUACGGCUAAAAAUUAGACCAAGCAAUUUAACCCUAAUCAAUUUCCGAUUUUCAGAUAACCCCUAAAAAUAGCAGCGACGAAAUUUGCUUCUUCUACUCAUCAUCCGGAAAUUGUCCAUUUGGAGAUUCGUGUUCAUUGUCACAUUUGAAAUCGUAA